CAGACAACAACACAAACACACGUUGAGCAGGCUGCGACGGUGUGCUUUCGGAUGAGCGCCGAAAAACGGUUCUCACACAGUAUGACAGGAUGUAGCAGUGGCGAGCGAAAGAAGAAGAAAAGCUUGUGAUCGAGUGCGAUGUGACAGAGGGCCGGAGUUGUAGCCUAGAUAUGAGAGUGACCGGAGCAAGGACAGGCACAGAAGCAGAUCGUAGCGCGAGUACCCACGGCAGGUUAUAAUGAUAGCACCACGGUUGGCGAUUCUAUCCUGAUUUACCGCUUUAUGCAUUUGCUCCAAAAGCUUUUUUCUUGAUGCAACACGGUAUUUUUACGCACUAACCUAACUCUGACUGACACGGUUCAAAGACUCUUGCACAUAGGGGAAAACGGAAAGAAAGAGGAUAGAAUGGUGAGCCAAAACGACUGCUCGGUGAAGGUCUCUUUAAGGAUCCGUCCCCAGAUGGUGAAGGAGAAGAUCGAGGGCUGUCACGUGUGUACACUUGUAACCCCUGGGGAACCCCAGGUGUUGCUGGGUAAAGACAAGGCCUUCACGUACGACUUUGUGUUCGACAUCGACUCGGCACAGAAACAGAUCUAUGCUGCUUGCGUCCACAAACUCAUCGAGGGCUGCUUCGAUGGAUAUAACGCUACUGUGUUCGCCUACGGACAGACGGGCUCAGGGAAGACGUACACCAUGGGGACGGGGUUCGAUGUGCAGGAGGAGGAGGAGGAGGAGCGGGGCAUUGUUCCACGGGCUGUUCACCAUCUGUUCCUGGGCAUCCAGGAGAGGAAGACACAGGCCCGGCAGCAGGGCACACACCCUCCUGAGUUUAAAGUCAGUGCACAGUUCCUGGAGCUGUAUAACGAGGAGAUCCUAGAUCUGUUUGACGGAGCCAGAGACCCAGACUGUAAGAACAGGAAGUCUAAUAUUAAGAUCCACGAGGACGGCAGCGGCUCCAUCUACACCAGCGGAGUCACCUCACGACUCGUCAACUCUGAGGAAGAGCUGUUAGAAUGUCUGAAGUUGGGAGCGUUGUCCCGGACCACGGCCAGCACCCAGAUGAAUGCUUCCAGUUCCAGGUCUCACGCCAUCUUCACCAUCAACCUCUGUCAGAUGAGAGUCUGCCAACAAACUGAGGAGAAUGGAGGAGUGAACGCAGAGCUGAACGGAGAGGUGAACGGAGGAGUGAACACAGAGCUGAACGGUGUAGGAGGAGGAGAUGGAGGGUCUAUAGCCAAGCCUGAAUACGAGACUCUGAUGGCCAAGUUUCACUUUGUGGACUUGGCUGGAUCAGAGAGACUGAAACGCACCGGAGCGACAGGAGAGAGGGCACGAGAGGGCAUAUCCAUCAACUGUGGACUGCUGGCCUUGGGGAAUGUGAUCAGUGCUCUGGGGGACCAGGCUAAGAAAGGAGGCCAUGUUCCAUACAGAGACUCUAAACUCACACGUCUUCUACAGGACUCACUGGGAGGAAACAGUCGUACGGUGAUGAUAGCGUGUGUGAGUCCAUCUGACCGGGACUUCAUGGAGACCCUGAACACACUGAAGUAUGCUAAUAGAGCCAGGAACAUCAAGAACAAGGUGAUGGUGAACCAGGACAAGACCUCCCAGCAGAUCUCUGCUCUCAGGGCUGAGAUCGCCAGGCUACAGAUAGAACUGAUGGAGUAUAAAGGGGGUAAGCGUGUGAUGGGUGAGGAUGGCUUGGAGGGCUUCAGUGAUCUGUUCCAGGAAAACUCAAUGUUACAGAGAGAAAACGACACACAACGCAUGAGAGUCAAAGCUAUGCAGGAGACCAUCGACCACCUCAACACACGCGUCACCACACUCCUCGCCAACAACGUCAGCACGCUCCUCGCCAAGUCAGGUGAGGGCAACGAGGAGAUUGGUGCUCUGAUCCAGAACUACAUCAGAGAGGUUGAGGAGCUCAGAUCCAAGCUCCUGGAGAGCGAGGCAAUGAACGAGUGUCUUCGUCGCAGUGUGACCCGUCUCUCUUCCCGCUCGCCGUUCCCUUCCUCCUCCCAUAGCUCCACCCCCGGGCCACACCCCUUAGGCUCCUCUCCCCAUUCCCUGUCAAUGGAGGCGGAGAUGACGGACGUGAUUCGCCGAGCCAAGAUGGACAUUGAGAGGCUAAAGAAGAAGGAAAGGAGACAGAGGAGGAUGAGCCCAGAGAAAGAGAAGGGGUUUAAGAAACAAGUGAAGCUUCCCUCUCAUGAGAACGGACAGGACGGACAGGAUGGACAGGACGGACAGGACGGACAGAAUGGACAGGACGGACAGGACGGACAGGAUGGACAGGACGGACAGGAUGGACAGAGUGGACAGAACGGACAGAUGGACUCUGAAGAGAACUACACAGAGGACGGGAUGUCCCCUCUGCAGGAGGAGGAGAAUGGGUGUGAUGAGGAGGAGGAGAGGGAUGAAGAUGAGUUUGACAGUGAUGAGAGUCUGGUGGACUCAGACUCUGACUCUGAUGAGAAAGCUAACUUCCAGGUGGAUCUGGCAGACCUGACGUGUGAGAUUGAGAUCAAGCAGAAGUUGAUCGAUGAGCUGGAGAACAGUCAGAAGAGAUUGCUGCAGCUCAAACUACAGUAUGAAGAGAAACUCAUCCUGCUGCAGAACAAGAUCAGAGACACACAGCUGGAGAGAGACAGAGUACUACACAACCUCAUGUCCAUGGAGAACUACACGGAGGAGAAGGCUAGCAGGAUCAAGUCAGAUUAUGAGAAGAGGCUAAAGGAGAUGAACAGAGACCUGAUGAAGCUACAGGCGGCUCAGAAGGAACACGCGAGGCUACUGAAGAACCAGGGACGCUAUGAACGAGAGCUGAAGAAUCUAGAGCAGGAGGUCAACGAGAUGAAGAAAGCCAAGGUGGCGCUGAUGAAGCAGAUGAAGGAGGAGCAGCUGAGGAGGAGGAUGGUGGAAGCCAAGAGGAACAGAGAGAUCGCUCAGCUCAAGAAGGAGCAGCGAAGACAGGAGUACCAGAUUAGGUCGUUGGAGAGUCACAAGUGUCAGCAGGAGCUUGUCUUACGUAGAAAGAGUCAGGAGGUGACAGCGUUACGACGGCUGGCUAAACCCCUGUCUGGACGCAUGGCUAGACGUUUACAGCCCCCAGACUCUGGAGCUGAACUGUCUCCCAGCACCACCUCCUCUGAACCAGAGUCCAACAGGACCACUCCAACCAAUGUGUCUAACAUAGUGAGACAGUGGAACACCAAGAUGAAUGGCUACCUGGGACAGAGCGAAGGGGUGACCAACAACGGGACACGGGUUGUUGGGAGUAGGACUCGUGUCCAGCAGGGUAAGCGGGUUCUGAGGGGUAGUAGCAGUUUCACCAAGGCAGCCCGUCAGAAGUGGCAAACACUGGAGAGGAGGAUCCUGGACAUCGUCAUGCAGAGGAUGACCAUCACCAACGUAGAGGCCGACAUGGACCGACUCAUCAAGAAGCGUGAGGAGCUGUCCUUGCAGCAGGAGGCACUGUUGCGUAAGAGGGAGGUGCUAAUGGCGGAGGGGGAGGGGCCUGACACAGAGGACCGCCUUGUCCAGGAAAUGAACGAGGACAUUGAGGUUCUGAACGCAAACAUUGACUAUAUCAACGACAGCCUAUCAGACUGCCAAGCUACCUUCAUACAGAUAGAGGAAACCAAGGAGGAGCUGGACUCAGUGGACACCUCAGUGGUCAUCAGCUCCUGCUCUCUGGCCGAGGCCCGGCACCUGCUGGACCACUUCCUCAAGGCCUCCAUUGACAAGGGGUUACAGGUGGCUCAGAAGGAGUCUCAGAUCCGUCUGUUGGAGGGUCAGCUGAGACAGACAGAUGUGAUUGGCUCUGCCCACAAUCACAUCAUCCUGGAUGCGCUGAGAGAGAAGGCUGAGUGUAUCCCUGAGCUGCAGGCACUCAUUCACAACGUACAGCAGGAGAAUGGUUAUGUCAGCACUGAUGAGGAGCCAACAGAAUUUAGCCAGGCCUCGGAUGGCAGUGUGUGUCAGAUGAAGUCUUCAGCCAGUCAGGAUGACUUCAAGAUGAAGGUCCAGGCCGAGCCUCGUCUGUCAGCCCAGAUGAAGGCGGUAUCAGCUGAGUACCUGUGUCCCGUGUUAGACCCCUCUACUAAGAACAUUACUAAGUCCCUGGCCUCCCUGACAGACAUCCUGGAAAACGGGACCAGUAUGAGCGGCCUGAGCCUCACCCUCCCUAUCUUCAGAGACCGGAUGUCCAGGACCAUCAACCUGCCCGUCAGGGGGCACACCUUUCCCAGACAGUCUCACAGUGAUGACACCUCCCCUCUAACAAGGAGGAAGUCUUAUCACCGAGGCCAGGCUUCCAGAAAUGCUGAUGGGUUCACUCCCCCUCCUCCCCCUCUUAGAACCCGGAACGACCGCAAUGUCUUCUCAAGGCUCACCAGCAACCAGAGUCAGGGCUCCGCACUGGACAAGGGUGUAAUCAGUCCCACGGGGGGUGUGAAGGGAGGGCGGACUGCGCCCCUCCAGUGUUCUGCCGUGGCAGAGGGACACUCUAAACCUGUCCUCUGUGUGGACGCUACAGAUGAACUGCUCUUUACGGGAUCUAAGGACCAGACGUGUAAGAUGUGGAACCUGGUGACGGGACAGGAGAUCGUCACGUUGAAAGGCCAUCCCAACAAUGUGGUGUCAGUAAAAUACUGUUCCUCCUCCUGCCUCGUCUUCUCAGUCUCCACCUCAUACAUCAAGGUCUGGGACAUACGAGACUCCGCCAAGUGUGUCCGCACCCUCACGUCUUCAGGCCAGGUGAUCGGGGAUGCGUGUGCUGGCACCACCACCCGUACCAUCACGGUGGCACAGGGUGAAUACCAGAUGAAUCAGAUCGCCCUCAACCCCUCUGGCUCUGUCCUCUAUGCUGCCGCUGGCAACACUGUACGCACCUGGGACCUCACCAGGAUGACGGCGUUAGGCAAGCUGACAGGGCACAUAGGUUCAGUGAUGUGUCUGACUGUAUGUCAGUCUGUACAGGGCAGAGACCAGGUGGUCACCGGCUCCAAGGACCACUACGUCAAGGUGUUUGAUGUGGCAGAGGGCAUGCUGGGUAAUGUAGGCCCAUCCCAUAACUUUGAGCCUCCUCACUACGACGGGAUCGAGUGUCUGGCCAUCCAGGGAGACGUGUUGUUCAGCGCGUCACGAGACAACGGCAUCAAGAAGUGGGACCUGGAGCAACAAGAACUCACACAGCAAAUCCCUAAUGCCCAUAAGGACUGGGUGUGUGCACUGGCCUAUGUUCCAGGUCGACCCAUGCUGCUGAGUGCAUGUCGGGGGGGCAUGCUGAAGGUGUGGAACGUUGACAACUUCACCCCUAUAGGAGAGGUCAGGGGCCACGAGAGCCCUAUCAACGCCAUCUGCACCAACUCACGACACAUCUUCACCGCUUCCAGUGACUGCAGGGUGAAGUUAUGGAGCUAUGUCCCGGGUUUGACCCCCUGUCUACCUCGACGGGUUCUGGCCAUCAAGGGUCGCGCUACCAGCCUCCCGUGAGCCUUCACUCCAGCUCACAACCCCGCCUCUGUUCUCCUCUGUGAUAUGACAGUGAAGAUCUGGUCAGCAAAGGAGGGGAAAAAGAGGUGACGGUCGAGCGGAUUGUUAGUGUGACAUCAUCAUCAGUGGCCAUGUUUUACUGAGGGCCUUCACCCCUGAACUCUGACCCUCACACCUCAACCGAUCAGGUGUGACACGACAGGACGUCAUGCUUCCCAAUCAUUACCGGGACGACUAAAGUUUUGAUGGCAUGUGUGGUCGCAAAGUUUACUCUCCUCUGAAAAAAAACAUAUUAGGAGUGUCUUGAACUGAAAUGCAAAACAGCGAAGUUUGAUAGUUUUUGCCUUUUCUUGUUUCAACUACCAAUCCCUCUCUAAGUGCCAUUGAGAUGUGAUGUGAUUUGGACAAGAUAAAACCUUUCCUGUGCCAGAUAUUGCCUGUCUGUCUGAGGGACGUCCGUAGACACAGAGCUACAGACUGAAUGAACUGCUUCUAUUUAAUACUCCUUCAAUAAGAACCAGGACUCCAGGAAGUGACCCAGGGAGAACACCAUUCCUGAGCUGACUGGACACUUCCAGAGAGGAGGGCUGUUACUGUUUCAUUCUCUGGUCUGAGUGCAUUUCAUGUGUUUGAUACCAUUCCAUUGAUUCCGUUUCAGCCAUUACUAUGAGACGUCUUUCCCAAUUAAGGUUCCACCGGCCCACUGCGGUGUCUCAGUGUACACUACACAGUAGGUAAACCUCAGAGAGGACUGAGGUGUACUGUACACAAUAUACAGUAGGUUUGUUACAACCACUGAACAGUUUGUUGAGUUCAUCUCAGCCCUGUGUGGUUCCUGUGUCUGAAAGAGCACUAAUGACAUCACCUCUGUCACCAGUCCUGUUUGGAGCACACACACACACAUACACACACACACACACACACACACACACACACACACACACACACACAUACACACACACACACACACACACACAUACACAUACACAUACACACACACACACACCGCCAUACUGUCAUCAGACUAGGAGUGCAAGAAUACAUUAAUACACACAUAGGCAGGAUUAUAAGCACAAACACACACACACACAUACACACACACACACACAUUAUCUCCUCCACCCCUACCAAGAAGUCACUCCACAAGGGCCAAAGUUCCAGAUCAUUAUCUCUCUUGUCUUUAUGGAGCCUGAAUCUGCCUCCCUCCCAGGUGCCACCGUAGUCCCUAUAUAGGGCACUACUUUUGACCAGAGCCAACAGGGCUCUCUAGGGCCAACAGGGCUCUAGGGCCAACAGGGCUCUAGGGCCAACAGGGCUCUAGGGCCAACAGGGCUCUAGGGACAACAGGGCUCUAGGACAACAGGGCUAGGACAACAGGGCUCUAGGGACAACAGGGCUCUAGGGCCAACAGGGCUCUAGGACAACAGGGCUCUAGGACAACAGGGCUCUAGGGCCAACAGGGCUCUAGGGCCAACAGGGCUCUAGGACAACAGGGCUCUAGGGACAACAGGGCUCUAGGGACAAUAGGGCUCUAGGACAACAGGGCUCUAGGGACAACAGGGCUCUAGGGCCAACAGGGCUCUAGGACAACAGGGCCAAUAGGGCUCUGGGGUCAACAGGGCUCUAGGACAACAGGGCUCUAGGACAACAGGGCCAACCGGGCUCUGGGGCCAACAGGGCUCUAGAGACAACAGGGCUCUAGGGACAACAGGGCUCUAGGGACAACAGGGCUCUGGUUGAAAGUAGCACACUAUGUUGGAAAUAAGGUGCAAUUUAGGAGGCAAACCCUAUCUCUCUCCACACUUCAAUAAGCACCAUGCAAAUCACCAUCUCAACCUCUCCCCUCUCCUCUUCCCCAGUGAGUCUGAUAUGCGGUGUGCUUCCUCUUUGAGCUUAUUAGGGGUUCAGCAGCGAAGCUAUAUCAAGCGAUUUGAAAAAAAACCUUUGAAGGCUCACGCCCCUGACGCCUCAUUUGAACUUCAGACAUUUGGUAUGUAGGUCCCUCUCCUCACAAGGGAAAUUAUUGCCUCAAGGACCAUGAUGGAUUUUCCGCCAUUUUGAAUGUUGUGAAUAACAUUUACUGAUCUGCACAAAACUUGACAUCUUUCAUCUAUGGGUCCAAGGUCUCUCAAUGCACUAUUUUCCCAGGCUAAUAUGUCAAGCAACGAAUAAACAUGAAUGUGAGUGUGGUCUCACACAUAAAUGACUAUAAAUCAGUCACAGAUAUUCCUAUUUUAAUCAAACUUUGUACACAUGUUGCAAACACUGUCAAGACUCAACAUAUAUGACCGCCCGGCUUGAUUCGAUCUUAAGUAGCAAAAUUUGAAAUUGUGUUUUUUACAUUGGAUAAAAGUAGAGACUCCGAGCUAUAAAAUAGUAUAUCAUACACUACAGUUGAGGAACAAUGAGAAAGUAAUUCUGCUUUGAAAGUUGAUAAACUGUAACCUCACUUUUGAGAAAAUGGCCCUUGAAAGUUUUGGUACCUACUGGAGAGGUCUUUUUUGUCUACACCCAUUCAGCAUUAUUCACACCGUCUGAAGCAUUAGCCUCGCCCAUCUCUUUAAGGAUUCACAUUUGAGGCUAUGUGUCACGUGUGCUCCCUCUCUGACCUCUAGGUUAGCAGGCUGCUCGUUAGGACGCACACCUGUCACCAUUGUUACGCGCACCUGCGCAUCAUCAGACUCACCUGGACUCCAUCACUUCCCUGAUUACCUUCCCUAUAUAUGUCACUGCCUUUGGUUCCU